CAGUACUCUUUCAAUCGAUUUGUACUUUGUAGAGUUCAUUGUAAAAGUAGGAAGACAGAAGAUCUCGUUGGCAUAUUCUUAUAUAUUUUGAUUCUUUUUCGUAAGUGAAUUCAAAUUUUCCAAAUUGUCAACUUGUUCUGAUAAAACAAUAUUCAUGACGUAGAUUAACAUUCGAUUUUCGAAGGGACAUCAUCUAUUGUGUGAAUUGUGAUCGUACGCAGUGCGACGAUGUUGUCGAUUUUGUCGAUGAACUUUUCGAGAAAGCGUAUCGUGCGUGUGCUCAAAUCUACUUACGAAUUCCGAAGUCCAUGUGAAGAGCUCAAAGUGCAUCGAUCGUGUAUCGGAUGCGUGUAAGCAUUUGCAAUCUUGAUCUUUGCCAUAUGUGUGGUGUGUGAGAGAGAAAAAGAGAAAGAGAGAGAGAGAGAGAGAGAGAGAGACGGUUACACAUGUCGAGGAUGCGAUGUAUCUAUUCCGUUAUGAUGCUACGACAUACGUAUCUUCCAUUCUCACGUGUUCGAGGAACACCUGUAGUGCCGCGAUUAUAAUUGCAGCGGUAUAAAAUGUCAGCACAGUUAAGCAUGCAAGACAAGAAGGAUUUGGAGAAGUUUACCAAGUAUCUUGCGUUGAGGGCUGCCCAAGUCAUAGUGCAGUCAAGAUCGGGCCAGAAAGUCAACACUACAUGCAAGCCGGACUCAUCAGCUGGCGACUGGGUAAAAUUUAAUCUGGCAAUAAAGGAACUACCAGAAGUGUCAGCUGAUGCUAAAAGGGCACUAUGUGGAGAGAUAGUAAGCUCAGCUGUACCUCUAUGCAUAGAAAUUUCUCUAAAAACAGUAGAGGGUGACAAAAUGGUUUUAGAAACUUGGAGUCUCAGUGUUUUGCCAGAGCAAAGUGAUCCGGCUGUACGAGUAACAUAUACUGUGUAUAACAGAAUGGGGAUUUUAUUGAAGUCCUUGCUUUCUGUAUCAAGAGUUACGCCUGCUUACAAAUUGAGCAGACGUCAAGGACCUGAUUCCUAUACUAUGUGCUAUCGAAUAUACAUGGGAGAGCCUCAGCUACAUAAUUUAGGUGAUAACUAUAAACAUGUAAGAGUAGGUCAAUUGUGUACUCCAGUAGGCACUAUACAUCUAUCAGUUUCUUAUAGAACAAAAAUGACGAUAUCACCCACUCAUAAGGGACGAGAUUCUAUCAUGCUUAAAAGUGAUCAUUUUCAUUCAGACUUAAGUCCGCGUCAUGCACGAUAUCAGCAAAGCGAAGAAACGUCAAAAUCACUUAGUGACACCAUCAAAGUUGGUGCAUUUGUAAUAAACAAGCCUGUUAUUGUCAAUGAGGAAGAUCUCGUGAUACCAGACGUACCAUUCAGUUCGCUAUUAACACCCAAACAAACGUCGCCUCCUCCAAUAUCACUAGUAGAACCUAAUACAAAGACUACAAUGGCAGUUCUUACAACUGAUAGCAACAAUGGAAAUAACGAGAGACUUAAUAAUGAUAAUACAACUUCGAAAUGCGCAUCCCAAAACGGAUCUAGAAGGAGUAGUUGUUCAAUGACUAGCGCCAACGAUGAUUUUAUUAUGGUAGAUUUGAAAACUCCAUUUGCUGUCACGAAUACCAAUAGCGAUGUAGGAGCGUUUUAUCGAGAGUGUCAAAGCGCUCCACAAUUGCAAGCCUUUAUGGAAGAAAGAACACUUGCGGAACAAUUGGGAGAUCUCACUAAACAAUUGGAAACAUUUGAGACAAACAUGCAACACUAUGAGGACAUUUUGUCAUCUUUGUAUCACACAGAAAAUAAUAAUUAAAGAUAGAAAGUCUGCGGACAAGUAAUCGAUUUAAACAAAGAUUUGAUUAUACACAGCUUUUGUGUACAAAUCAAUCAUUAUAGUGGAUGUACAUUAAAUGAACAAUUUGAAUAUUUCAUUUCCUGUGCUGAUUCUUUUCAUGUUUGUAAUAAAUAUUUAGAUAAAUUUGAUAUUUUCUGCACGUGCAAUGCAACUACAAUAAAAUGUCCGAUGAUGUUUUUUUAUUAUAAUCACUAAUUUAACCCUUUGUAGUCACUGAGGAUACUGGGAUACCUCCAAAAAGUGUAAAGCUUUAUGUUUUUAAGGUCUUUUUUUAAAACAGAACUUAAACUGCCAUUUAUCCGAAGUUUAAAAUACCUUUUUUGUGCUUUCGGCCGUAUAUUAUUCUUUGGACGUCAAUCUGCGAUUUUUUUUAAUAUUAAAAUUAAAAACUCUUUAAAAAGACAUUGCAUUUCCAUUCUACAAAGUUUAAAGUUUGUUCAGUAAAUUUUGUGAUUUUAAAGAACAAAAACUGUGAAUAUGGCAAUUAAAAUGUUGAACUCAUUUUGCCCUAUAUGUGAUUACGAAGAACUUAAAAGUGGAAAAAAUAAUAGUGAAUCUUCCGUAUAUUCAUAAACUUUUUAAAUGUUAAUUAAAGCAUUUUAUGUGUGAUAUGAGUAUAUAGAAGAUAUCACAUAUUAAUGGAUCCAUACGAAACUAAUAAGGAUCAACAAUAAAAAAUGAGUAUAACGUGUUUUCCUUUUAAUUUAUUGAUAAGAAAUGGAACGUAUAUUCGUGUUUGUGUUUGGACUCUAUCUAAUCUGGAUUAAUUUUUAUAAGCAAAUUGAAUGUUGUAAUAUUCUAUUUGUUACAAUAUGUAUUUCUAAGUUUUAGCAGUAAAAUGUCUAAUUUAGUAUUCGUUGUUCAUUCGCAUAUGUACAUCCAACUUCAAAUAUUAAAAUAAUUUUGUCAGUUAUAUGUCAAAAAUUAAGAUCAUUGAUACACUGUUAUGUUUUGCAUCGAAUAAUUUUGCGAUUUAGAAAAUAUAAAUUAAGAAUUGGAACACAAAUGAUUUUUCCUCUUUCUUCAAUAGCCUGAAUAAAAUUAAUCACUCAAAUGUUUUGCUAAUGUACGUUGCAAAGAUUUUAUGUAAUAUAUAUAUGUAAUAAUCAGCAGAGCAAAUGCUAGUUGUGAUAAUUGAUUACUUAAUAUAAUUUAUUGCUUGUAUAAAGUGUAAAUUGCACUUGAAUACUCUAAGAUUAAACAAUAAAUAUAAGUUGAUUAUGAAA